AUGUUAGCAACUGUUUCAUCACCCACUAUGAGUAAUCGAAACAAUAAUAAUUCAACAACUAAUAAUAAUUCCACGACAAGUCUUCUUACAAAGAACAAUCUUCUUGCUUUUCAUCAUUUACAACAACAGUUCGAUGCUGUAUCAACCAAUUCGAAUUUUCUCGGUGCUACAUACAAUUAUACAACGAUGCUUUAUUCAUUUUUGCCAUCGGAUAAUUAUUUAGCAUUGAAUCCUUUAGUACCAACAUUAUUAGCAGCUGCAGCUGCAUCGUCAAAUUCGAAUUCAAAUCCAACAACGAAUAAUAAUGGUACAACAACAUCAACAACGACGCCAACAAAUGUUAAUCAUUCUCAUCUAGUUCAUCCAUCGUCUUAUGUGACAUCAUCAUCCUCAACUGAUCCGUCAUCUAGUCAACAUCAUCCAUAUGCAUAUACAAAUAUGGCAACAACAACGAAUAAACUAUCCAAUACAGCAGUUACAAAUCUUGUUGUCGAUUCGACUUCACACUUGCCAGAAAUAAUUAAUGUACCAUCUUCUUCAUCAAUUAUCGAAACAACCAAUAGUAAUACACAACAAAUACCAACUAAUGAAUUGAUAAAUAAUGAUAAUGCUCAAUCAAAUUCUUCAUCAUCUCAAUCACCACAAUCAACAAGUACAAUAACACCAAAUGGAAGUUCAUCAACAACCGGUAGUACAACAUCUGGCGCGACACAAAAACGUUUACAUGUAUCAAAUAUUCCAUUUCGAUUUCGAGAUGAUGAUCUCAAAGCAAUGUUUGAACAAUUUGGAGAAAUUGUUGAUACAGAAAUUAUUUUCAAUGAACGAGGAUCAAAAGGUUUUGGUUUUGUAACAUUUGCUUCAAGUGAUAAUGCUGAUACAGCUCGUGAAAAACUACAUGGAGCUGUUGUGGAAGGACGUAAAAUUGAGUUUUCUUUUACAUUACUUGCGAAUCAAUGUUAA